AUGGAAUUCCUCUCGUGGGCUGAACCUGAACAGGGCGGUGGCCUUUCCAUCGGGGAGGGGCCGCCCACGCUCUCUGUGGCUGUCCUCAAACCCCAGAGCGUGAGGACCCUGGCUGGGCCACACACCCUGGCACCUCUGGGAGAAAAAGCAGAUGCUCUUGUCUCACCUCCUCCUGAGGAUCUGGAAAGCUCCCCCCCUGCAAGCCGCGUGGGAUGCCUGCUUGGCCCCCCGGAGAUCGGGGACUUUCCCAGCCACCAACCCUGCCAGGAGGAGAUCCACAGUGAGGACCGCCGGCCCACAGGCUCCUGGCACCAAGACGUGGGAUGCGAUGCUGAAAGCAGGAGCGCAGGAGCCUGGCCAGGCUCGGCGGGGCUCUCCGGUGCCCAGGGGAGGCAGGCUGGCAAGGCCGACAGCUGGCCCCAUGGGGCCACCACCCUGCCGCCGCCACACCGCCCCGCCUCCUCCUCUCACAGUGACUCGUACCUCCACCAAGAGCCCAGCAGCGCCCCCUGGCUGGCCGAGUGCCAGCGGCGAGCUUCCCUGGGAAGGGCCGGCCAGGAGAAGAGGGCCCGAAGGAAGAUGCGCGUCUACUCCUCCAACAGCCCAAGCGAGGAGUCCUUCAGCAGCCCCAGCUUGGACGGCAUCACUCUCCUCCCAGGAGCACCGUUCCCCAGAGAUUGCCCCCAGAGCUUAGGCAAACCAGCCCCCAGGGAGACAGAGAGGCUGGGAUUGCAGCCAGCACCUGAACGCCUUCCUCCUCCUCCUCCUCCUCCAUGCGAGGUGCCUGAAUCACUGGACCCUGCCUUGGCCCCUGGCUCCCGAGGCCCGGUCACCCAGGAGAGCAGGAGGCGCUUCUCCGCCUCGGAGAUGAUGAACAAGCUGCAGCUCUCCCAGCGCUGCCGGACCACCUUCUCUCUCAAGCUGGGCAAGUCCUUCCCUGCCAGGGAGAGGGGAAGCCAGCCAGCUGGGCAAGAUAAACCAGCUAGAAAGGAGAGGAGCCUCAGUGGAGGCGCCAGCAACUGGGCUCAUGACCCAACCUCUGCUGCAUCGGCCAGAGAUGAAAGGAGCUCCAGGAAUGACUCAGCAGCAGAGGAGGAGGAGGAGGAGGAGGGCACGAUCCACCAAGAUGCGUUGCCACUGCAGGAGAAACGGUGCUCCAGAUUCCUCCUGAACUCCAUCCUGUACCAAGAAUACAGCGCCGCCGCCACCAACCGCGAGAUCCAACGGCAGCAGCGGGAAGACGCCUUGGGGGAGGAAGAGGAAGGGCCAUCAGGGGCUCUGCUGCCCCCCAAGGGCAACCUGUCCCCCAGCAGCUCCUUCCGCUCCCAGCGUGCCUCGGGGGGCUCCAGCUUUUCGCUCUGGCAAGACAUCCCCAACGUGCGCAGCAGCGGCUUCCUGGGUACCAUCAGCAUGCAAGCAUGCAAGCUGCAGGAGGCCAAGUUUGAGCUGAUCACCUCAGAGGCCUCCUACAUCCAUAGCCUGUCCAUUGCGAUCGAGCACUUCAUGAAUUCGAGGGAGCUCAACGAGAGCCUCAGCGCCCGGGAGAAGCAGUGGCUCUUCUCCAAGCUCCCGGAGGCCAAGGGCGUCAGCGAGAGAUUCUUGCGCGACCUGGAGGAGCGCCUGGAGGAGGACGUGCUGCGCUUUGAUGUGUGUGACAUCGUGCUGUGCCAUUGCCCGGCCUUCCGCCGCAUCUACCUCCCGUACGUCACCAACCAGGCCUACCAGGAGCAGACCUACCAGCGCCUGCUAAUGGAGAACCCCAAGUUCCCAGGAAUCCUGGCAAAGCUGGAGGAGGGCCCGGUCUGCCAGCGCCUGCCCCUCACCUCCUUCCUCAUCCUGCCCUUCCAGAGAGUCACACGCCUCAAGAUGUUGGUAGAGAACAUCCUGAAAAGGACGCUGCAGGGGUCCCGGGAUGAGGAGACAGCCACGAAGGCUUUCAAUGAACUGAAGAAGCUAGUCAAAGAAUGCAACACCAGCGUCCAGUCCAUGAAAAGGACGGAGGAGUUGAUCCAUCUUAGCAAGAAGAUCCAUUUUGAGAGUAAAAUUUUCCCCCUGAUCUCCCAGUCUCGCUGGCUCGUGAAACAUGGGGAGCUGGUGGAAGUGGACAUCCACGUCAGCAGCGCCUCCAGCAGCUCCAAGCUCAAGCUCUCGGCCAAAAUGGUCUACCUCCACCUCUUCAACGACUGCCUCCUCCUGUCCCGUAAAAAGGAGACAGGCAAAUUUGCGGUCUUCAUUCAUGCCAAGCUGCACGAGCUGAGGGUGACCGACCUGAGCUCCAAGCUGCACGGCAUCCCCGGACAGAUCUUCCUCCUGCAGCUCCUGAGCAACCAGCCACUGACGCACCAGAUCCUGCUGCGCACGCAGAGCGAGAGCGAAAAGCAGCGCUGGAUCUCAGCCCUGGUACCCACCAGCCCCCAGCUGGACAAUGAGCUCAUCUCCGAGAAUGACGACAUGGCCCAGGUUCAGUGCAUAAAGGCGUACAAGGCCCAGGAGCACGAUGAGCUGAACUUGGAGAAGGCCGACAUUUUGGGUGUUUGGAUGAAGACCAGCGAUGGCUGGAUGGAGGGGAUCCGCUUGUCUGACAGGGAACAGGGCUGGCUCCCCGCGACUCACGUGGAAGAGAUUGCCAGCCGGAGAGCCCGGCUGCGCAACCUUCGCGAGAACAGCCGCAUCCAUCACGCCACGCGGACGCUGGAGGGGGAGCCCACCUGA